AUGUCUGAAACUUACGAAUAUUUGUUUAAAUUUUUAGUAAUAGGAAGUGCAGGAACAGGAAAAUCGAGUCUUCUUAAUAAUUUUAUCGGAAAUAAAUUCAAAGAAGACAGAUGUCACACUAUUGGUGUGGAGUUUGGGUCUAAAAUUGUAAACAUUGGUGGGAAAUCAACAAAACUACAAAUAUGGGAUACUGCUGGUCAGGAGAGAUUUCGCUCCGUUACCCGAUCAUAUUACCGUGGAGCAGCUGGAGCGUUAUUAGUUUAUGAUAUAACGUCCAGAGACUCUUUCAACGCUCUUUCUAACUGGCUUAGAGAUGCUCGAACAUUGGCUAGCCCAAAUAUUGUUAUUUUGCUAGUAGGUAACAAAAAAGAUAUAGAAGAAUCUCGGGAGGUAACAUUCUCAGAAGCCAGUCAGUUUGCACAGGAAAAUGAAUUAAUGUUUCUUGAGACUAGUGCUAAAACUGGAGAAAAUGUUGAGGAGGCUUUUUUAAAAUGCUCAAAAACUAUACUUGCAAAGAUUGAGACGGGUGACUUGGACCCUGAAAGGAUAGGAUCAGGCAUUCAAUAUGGAACUGGUACUUCUAAAAGGUUGACAACAACUAAGAAACCUGCGCGAGCACCAUCUGAUUGUGCUUGUAGAGUU